AUGACUGCGACGAUUGCCUUCUGCUCGAGCAUCUACACGGCCGCCAUUCCGUCCAUCUCACAUGCGUACGGCUGCUCGUCAACCGUUGCGACGCUGGGCAUCACCACCUUCCUAUUAGGUUUCGCAUCCGGGCCCCUGCUGUUUGCACCGCUCUCUGAGGUCUGGUACGUACAGGCAUUGCAAUCCUUCGGCUUCUGCAGGGGAAACAAACUGACGCAAUCGGCCAGGGGUCGCAAUACGAUCUUCCGGCUUGUGCUGGGGCUCUUCGUCCUUUUCCAGAUUGGAUGUGCGCUGGCCCCCAACGUGGCGUCGAUGAUCGUUUUUCGCUUCUUUUCCGGCUUUUUUGGAUCUCCAACCGUGACCAACUCCGGCGGAUCCAUCACCGAUAUCUGGCCCCAGGACAAUCGCUCCGUGCCGCUGGCCCUCUUCUCCGCGGCUAGCUUCCUGGGGCCCGUCAUUGCACCCACAGUGGGUGGUUUCAUCUGCCAGUACACGUCGUGGAGGUGGAAUUUCUGGGUGGUGCUGAUCCUCAGUGGUCUCUGCUACGUUGCCAUGACGGUGUUUCUUCCCGAGACAUAUCCCCCCAAGCUGCUGAUGGACAAAAGACGAUGCAUGCCGGGCUAUUCCGCAGCCAAUCAACCCCCGGUCAAAAAGAUGCUAUACACGACGCUCACGCGGCCCUGGCUGAUGCUCUUCACGGAGCCGAUCCUCUUCUUGCUGUCCCUGUACAUGGCGCUUGUCUACGGUAUCCUCUACCUUGAUUUCACGGCCUAUCCUGUCGUCUACCGUGAAACACGCGGCUGGUCCGCCGGCAUUGCAGGACUUUCCUUUUUGGGGAUCUGCGUCGGCAUGGCCCUCGCCACGCUGAUCUCGCCAUAUGUCAAUCGAAUCCAUGGCAUCUACGUCCGGCGCCUGGGAGGUCCUCAGCCGGAGGCUCGCCUCCCACACUUGAUCGUCAUUUCCUGGCUAAUCCCCAUCAGCUUGUUCUGGUUUGCCUGGACGGUGACCCCGCCCACACAUUGGAUCUCCGGCAUCGUCGCCGGUGUGCCCUUUGGGUUUGGCCUCAUCCUUCUCUUCCUGGGGAUCACGUCAUAUCUGACAGACUGCUACGGCUCGUUUGGGGCGAGUGCUCUGGCAGCCAAUGCAGUGCUGCGUUCCCUGUUUGGAGCUGUGUUUCCCCUCUUUUCGACGGAUUUGUAUCAUUCCCUGGGGACGUCAUGGGCAACGAGCCUGCUGGCAUUUGUGGCUCUGGCGAUGGCGCCAUUGCCUUGGGUGUUUUACCGGUUUGGACCCCAAAUCAGAUUGCGGAGCAAGUAUCAUCUGAAGACGAGGGAGUAUGAUGAAUAG